UUUAAUUUGGGAAAAUAUGGUGGUGAGAGUUGAAGUGAUUUCUAGGGAGAUGAUUAAACCAUCAUCUGCCACUUCCCAUCAGCUCAGAAACCUCAAGCUUUCGUUGUUAGACCAAAUUGCACCGCCGAUCUAUGUUCCUAUGAUUCUUUUCUACCAAACUGAUCAGUCGGGCCACGAAAUCAUGGAUCCUGCCCGAAAAUCUGAGUUGCUCAGGCAAUCUUUAUCGGAUACAUUAACUCAAUUUUACCCUUUAGCUGGAAGGAUCGAAGGCAAUGUUUUCAACGACUGUGACGACGCUGGAGCCGAGUAUGUUGAAGCUCGGGUCCAUGCUCCCUUGUCACAAGUCAUCACAAAUGUCAAUAUGGAAGAUCUUGAACGAUGCCUUCCAAUUAAACCUUAUGGUGUUGAUGCUGGUGUGAGCAAAGAAUUCUUGCUAGCCAUCCAAACCAACUUCUUCGAUUGCGGUGGGAUGGCAAUCGCUGUGUGCAUCUCACACAAGAUUGCAGAUGGAUCCUCGUUGGUUUCCUUCCUCAAUGCCUGGGCGGGUAAAGCUCGUGGCAAUGGCACAAUUAUGCAGCCAAAUUUUGAUUUGGCAACUCAUUUCCCUCCCAGAAAUCACCUUUCUGGGUUUGCUCCAACUACAGGAAUCACCAAGGAGAAGCUAGUGACAAGAAGAUUUGUGUUUGAUAAAACAGUGCUGGAAAAACUCAAAGCAACUGUGUCAAAUGCCUUAGGAGGAUCCGAAGCAGUAAAGGAUCCAACUAGGGUUGAAGCAGUCUCAGCCUUUAUAUGGAAGCAUAUGAUGGAGGCGGCCAAGGCCAAUAAUACCAAAAUGUAUGUUGCUGUUCAUGCAGUGAACUUGAGGCCUAGAAUGAUCCCCCCCCAGCCUGCAGAGACCUCCUUUGGGAACCUCUGGCGUCUAGCAACUGCAGCAUCACCGCCGGGCGGGGAAAGAACUUCCAUUCAUCUAGCUAGCCUACUAAGGGAAGCAAUAAAGAAAAUUAACAAUGAUUUUGUGGAAGAGUUGAUCAGAGACGGAAAUGGCUGUUUAGAGUAUCUUAAGAAGGUAGGAGAACAACUCUCUAAGGGAGAUGUUGAGAUCUGCAAUUUCAGCAGUUGGUGUAGAUUUCCGGUUUAUGAAGUGGACUAUGGUUGGGGAAGGCCUGUUUGGGCAGCUACUACGACCUUGCCAUUCAAGAACGUGGUGAUUUUGAUGAGCACAAGGUGUGGGGAUGGAGUUGAAGCGUGGGUUAACUUGCUUGCCGAGGACAUGGCUGCGCUUCAAUGUGAUGACCAGUUCCUUUCUCUUUUUACCACUAAUUAUUAAUAUCAUGGCUUCAAGUUUCGGACAGAUCGAGGAAGACCCUUGAACUUGUUCUUGGGCCAAUGAAAUUUCC